UGCCACGUAUGGGUUGUUUUCCAAAGCGCUGCAAUCCAGAUUCUCAUCUCCUCUGUCGACGGUGUCUUACUACUUCGCGUCUACGCCCUUUACGCUUGCUCCCGGCUGCUCCUGGUCCUUCUCCUCACCCUUCUCGUCGCAGAGAUCGCAGCGAUGUCCGCUGUCAACGCAAUCGUCUCUCCGCAAAUCGUUGUCGAUGCCACCUGUGAAGUCACUCAGACACCUAGAAUGUUCAUUGCGUAUUGGAUCAUAUCCCUUGUAUUCCAGACUCUCCUCUUUGGACUCACGAUUGUCAGGCUCCUGAGUACCGCCCACGAGCACGCGCUUGGUUCCUGUAGAUCAAUGUGGAACAUGAGCUCGAUUAUUCGCCAGUUCUUGCGUGACGGGACGUGGGCAUUUGUGCUGAUUUUC